AUGCGGACGAGCAGUGGUGAGGCGCUGGCAGGCGACGCCACCUGUACGGCGUACCAGGGUGCGCCAGGACGGAAGUUCCUUGUGAAGACUGGAGCUCCCGACUCUGGCAAAGGCCCGGGACGGCACCCUCGGUCAUCAGCCAGCUUCUACUUCAGCUACUUCAAGAGCGCUGUAGAUCGGAGGUCCAGAUAUCUGGACAGUACCUCCGGUUACGCGGGCUCCAGCAUGAAUACUUCAGCAGGUGCUGGAACAGCAAUAGGCACCUCUAGCAGGGGCAGGCGGCUCAGGGCAUCAAGGUCCCAGGUCCUCUCCCGGACGGUAAACCUGCUGGUAACUAUCCUGACACUGACGUCUCGCUUGAUGACUAGUACGAUGGGAACGGCCCAUUCAGACAUCUUGACGGGCACCAAGAUGCCCUCUCGCUCGAACGUUGACCUGGGCCUGACCCUGGACCUGGGAGAGCUGCCCAGAGUGGUGCUAAGGACCGAGUGGUACGUAGCCGGAAGGCUGGAGGAGAAUUUCAGCCGAGCGACCACGUUUCUGCCCGAGAGGUGGCUGCAGAGGUCAAGCGAGCAGGAGCACCAUUCCGGCAAGGCUAAGCUGUGGACCCUGCACCCGUUCGCGUCGCUGCCCUUUGGCACAGGGCCGCGAACGUGCAUUGGUAAAAGGAUCGCCGAGAUGGAGCUCUGCACACUUCUGACUCAAGUACUGAAGAGGUACAGAGUUCAAAGUCACCACGGUGCCAUCGGCUUUAGUACGCAAGCCACUGGAAGGGCUGACCGACCGGUCACAUUGCAAUUCAUUGAUUUAGAGUUCACGGCUUCAAGUUCUGCUUAAAUACGUCGAAUGACAAUUCAACCAUCGCCAAACGCUUGUAGGUUGCCAAAUAUACAACAAACAGCGGUUUUAAUUUUACACCCAGUUUAUGAAAAAGAGAUCAAGUGUCUAAAAUGUUUCUUAAGCGCUCUUUUGCAUGAAUACACUGAAACAUUAUUGUGUGUACGUCUAUAUAUACUUUGCUUGUUGUCUUGCU